AUGUUCCUCGUGAUAGUGGAUGCUCACUCCAAGUGGUUGGAUCUAUAUCCUACCAAGACAAGCUCUUCUCAAGUGACCAUUGAGAAGCUAGCGACUGCAUCAGUGCAGACGGCUGUCAAUCUGAAACCUGAGAGACUGGAACUCCUCCUGAAGAAGGACCUCAGCACCAGGAGAGGACCAGGACCUCAGCACCAGGAGAGGACCAGGACCUCAGCACCAGGAGAGGACCAGGACCUCAGCACCAGGAGAGGACCAGGACCUCAGCACAGGGAGAGGACCAGGACCUCAGCACCUGGUGAGGACCAGGACCUCAGCACAGGGAGAGGACCAGGACCUCAGCACAGGGAGAGGAUCAGGACCUCAGCACCAGGAGAGGACCAGGACCUCAGCACAGGGAGAGGACCAGGACCUCAGCACCAGGAGAGGACCAGGACCUCAGCACCUGGUGAGGACCAGGACCUCAGCACAGGGAGAGGUCCAGGACCUCAGCACCUGGUGAGGACCAGGACCUCAGCACAGGGAGAGGUCCAGGACCUCAGCACCUGGACCUCAGCACCAGGAGAGGACCAGGACCUCAGCACCAGGAGAGGACCAGGACCUCAGCACCAGGAGAGGACCAGGACCUCAGCACCAGGAGAGGUCCAGGACCUCAGCACCAGGAGAGGACCAGGACCUCAGCACCAGGAGAGGUCCAGGACCUCAGCACCAGGAGAGGACCAGGACCUCAGCACAGGGAGAGGACCAGGACCUCAGCACCUGGGAGAGGAGAGGGGGGAGGAGGGGGAGAGGGGGGAGGAGGGGGAGAGGGGGGAGGAGGGGGAGAGGGGGGAGGGGGCCGGGUUCUCCGUGCUGAGGGCGGAGUGUGCAGAAGUUUGGGACCCGUGUGGAAUGUUCCUCCGGCCGGACACCUCCACAGUGCGUGCGCCCACAGACCUCCACAAUGAGCCUGCGGUGGAUGAGCCUACUGCUCUGGGGCCUCCUGCUCUGGGGCCCCCACUCCGGCCGCGCGGUCCCCGAGGGUAA